ACUUUUUCGUUUUCGCAUUUUUUAUUUUUUUCAUUUUUGUAAUGGCUUGAAAAUACAUACAUACAUACACACACACAUCACCAAAACAACAAAAACCUGAAAAAUAUCAAACGCACUCACCACUUGUAGUCACGUACAAAAAGUCGCCAGUACGCACGUCGCAAAGCGACAAUGCCGUCCACGGUUCUAGCAAUAGCAAUAAUAACAACAACAACAGCACCAACAAUCACGCUUGUAUGUCGCUUAGCGCAAACGCGGCCACAAAAGCUAGUGCUACCGAGCUAAAUACAAACUCCGAACACUCUGCUUCUAAUAUUACCACUACAGUCACACCAACAGUCAUAGUCGCAGCGAAAGCACCGCCACCACAAUCGCCUCCAGCUAUGCAGCCGCCUAUGCAGCUACCAGCCAACAGUCCCCGAUCACAUGCCUCUGUGACAUUUCAAAUGCCUUCAUACGGCAGAACUCCAGCGAACAUCCGCAGCACGGCGAUGGCCACCAGCGGCGCGAGUGGGAUCGUCAGCGGAAACAGCAGCAACAGCAGCAGCACUACGACGCCGACACGUGGACGAUCACAACUGCUCGACCGUGGCACACUGAAGAAUCCUACGCCGCCGCCACGUCCACCACCGCCUUUCAAAGCGGCACCGCCGCCCUUGCAGAAACGCAUGGUGGCCACAGUUUCGCCGACGAAAGUCGAGCGGGUCCAAAUAAUUCUAAAUGCUUCAUCGUGUGAAGUCCUUAUUUAACAACUAUUCUCAA